UCUCAUACUUUAAAUAUCUGCGCAUCGGCGAUUUGUCCUUCUUCUUAUUCUUCCUUUUUUUAAAAGCCCUAGCCUUUGGAUCCGAUUUUCUGACAAAAAAAAAAGGUUUCGCUCUAAAGCAGUACAUUUAAGAUGUCGACUGGGUCAUCACGGGAAGAAUUUGUUUACAUGGCAAAGUUGUCCGAACAAGCUGAACGUUACGAGGAAAUGGUUGAAUUCAUGGAGAAGGUUGCCAAGACUGUGGAUGCCGAGGAACUUACGAUUGAGGAGAGGAAUCUGCUCUCUGUUGCCUACAAGAAUGUCAUUGGAGCCAGAAGAGCUUCAUGGAGGAUCAUCUCUUCUAUCGAGCAGAAGGAAGAGAGCAAGGGAAACGAGGAUCAUGUUGCUACAAUUAAGGAUUACAGGGGCAGGAUUGAAUCUGAACUUAGCAAGAUCUGCGAUGGGAUUUUGAACCUUUUGGAUUCUCAUCUCAUUCCGGCUGCCUCUUCAGCCGAAUCUAAAGUCUUCUACCUCAAAAUGAAGGGCGACUACCACAGGUAUCUUGCCGAGUUUAAGACUAGCGCUGAGAGGAAGGAGGCUGCUGAGAGCACCUUGUUGGCUUACAAGUCUGCUCAGGAUAUUGCUGUUACUGAGUUAGCUCCCACUCACCCAAUCAGGCUGGGUCUUGCACUUAAUUUCUCCGUUUUCUACUACGAGAUCCUUAACUCCCCCGACCGUGCAUGCAACCUUGCCAAGCAGGCUUUCGACGAAGCUAUAUCCGAGUUGGAUACACUUGGUGAGGAAUCAUACAAAGAUAGCACUCUGAUUAUGCAACUUCUCAGGGACAAUCUGACUCUGUGGACUUCAGACAUCACUGAUGAGGCGGGUGAUGAGAUCAAGGAAUCAGAAAAGCCUGUAGGUGCAGAGGAUGAACAGAAGCAGUAAAAAAACACUAGAAGAUGAAGAAGGAGAAGGAGAGCAAUUAAUAUCCUAUGGGGUUUGUUAUAUGGACACACACACUUGUAGUCUUCUCGUCACAUGCUUUCGGAAUUUCGUGUUAUGUCUUAGGAACAGAGACCCUUUUUCUAUUGAUGGUGUUUUAGAUCGUUUGUUUCACACACAUUUCGCUUUCCUUGAUGUUGAUUUCUUUUUUUUUCAUUGUGUUUUGACCUUUUUUUU